AGAAAAAAGAGGGAAGAAAAGGAAAGAGAGAAAGAGAGGGUUAAUUCAAUAGGGUCCAUUCAAUAGAGGAUAUACGAGGGAGGCUGUCUGUGCCAUUGCCCAUUGCCGCCCCGAUGGGGAGGGGCAGAGGGCGAUGUCCGCUCAGAUCACGAAAUGCCUGUAUCCAUCCGGGGACAACAAAGCUACGGACGCCGUCGCUAUAGAUUACCCAGCGCAUUCAAAGGAGGGGGAGGAAAGAAAGUUUUUUUUUUUUUGCAUGUAUCUUGUGUACAUGUCAUCACACUCCCUCCUCUCUCACUCGUUCCUGUUUGUUGUUGUGCCUGAGAGCGAGACACAAAGAGGCGACGAAGAUUGGAUAUUUCGAUAUGUCGAUGCUGUGCAAGGGCCAUUAAAGUGGAGAUUUUCUCUUUUUUUUUAUACGUGUCGGAGACAUAUCGGGUCAGUGACCAAGACCACCAAGACCUUCGCAAAGGGCCCCGUCGCCAUCGAUGCAGAAAUCUAUUUAUUUUUUUCCUUUUUCUGCUUUGAAUCAAUCCCAUGGCAUCCCACCAUCCAUAGUAGACCCACACUAGUCCCUCUCUCUCCUCUCGCACAGUCAAUCAUGUCAUGGCACAUGUGCAUAGGACAUAGGACGGACUAGCUUUAAUAAAUGCACACCCGCCUUCGAAUGGGCCGAACGUAUUUUUUUUUCUUUUGCUCUGCUUUUGCUCGGUUGCGCAUCGCUAGAUACCACCCUUCCCUUCUUCCGCCAGAAAGUAAAAAAGGCAACCUUAAAA